GGCUUUCAACUUGAUUUGGAAGGUAGGUUCCUUGCACUAGGUAGUGAAGUGAGUGGUGCGAACCUACAUCUGCUCCUCUCUCUUCUUGAUCUGAUCUUGUGACCAGUAGACUGCCUCUCCACUUUCUUCACAUUGAGAUGAAGUCGAUCUGGUUUCUAGUGUGUCCUGGUGUCUGGUGAAAUCCAUGUCGUUGCCUUGUGAAUAUCCUUGUGUUCGUACACACUGCCUGACUCCAAUCACCAAAUCGUUGAAUGCACAGAAGUCUGUAAACAGUUCUCCAUUCUCGUUCAUCAUUUCACCGUGUGCCUCUCGACCCAUGAUGAGUUCUCUUCCUGUGUUGUCCCCCCCUCCCAGUUUGGCAUUCAUCUCACCCCACCCACUAGAAUUUUGAUGUCGCCAUCUGGGGUGGGGUCUUGUCUAUUACUGAUUGCAGUUGUCUGUAG